AUGACUCAACGAGCUCCAAAAGUCUCUUGGACACCCGAAGAGGAUGCUCAUUUAACAAGCUUGAUCAAAGAACAUGGCACAUCCUGGUCCAUUAUUGAAACUCAUUUUGCUCAUCGAGAUGCAAAAAAUUGGACUGAUGAAGAAGAUAGCAAGCUUAGACAAGCUGUGGAAGAUAACAGAAAAGCCUUUAGCGAGGUUUGGAAACUUGUGGCCGAAAAAAUUCCCGAUAGAACUUGGCAGCAAUCUGAUUUUAAAAUUAUAGACUUUAAAGAAAUAUAA